GUAAGCUUGCCGCAACUACCCUCGACAUCGUCAAGAACAUCAUCCUCGGCUACACACGACACAAUGACCAAGAAAAGAAGAAAUGGCGGUCGCAACAAGAAGGGACGUGGUCAUGUUGGCUUCCUCCGUUGCUCCAACUGCAGUCGAUGUGUAGGCAAGGACAAGGCUAUCAAACGGUUUACUGUCAGAAAUAUGGUUGAAUCCGCCGCUGUGCGUGAUAUCAGUGAAGCUUCGGUCUACCUUGAGUACAUGGUCCCCAAACUCUAUAUCAAAAUCGUAUAUUGCGUGUCCUGCGCAAUUCACGCACAUGUUGUUCGUGUUCGUUCUCGGGAGGGUCGUCGUAACCGCGCGCCCCCUCCAAGGGUCCGGUACAAAGACGGCAAGAAGGUUAAUCCUGCAGUUGCCGCAGCUGAAGACGCGAAGGCAGCUGCUAAAGCAUAGGUUACUUGCGAUAGGCAUUGUACAUCACUUUCUGCAAUCUCAGCUUUCAUUUCAUUGCCUGCAACAUUAUCGAGCUUCGUUGAGUUAGCUAGACGCCAACGAUACCCUGUUUGGACCGAAACUCCAACAGCUUAAACGGGUUUUUCUGC